CUGCUAUAAAUAUUUUUGAACAUAUAGGUCCUUUUCCUUUUUUUUUUUUUUUUAAUCUCUUUUGGUAUUCAUGCCUACUUGGGAUUUAAAGGAAGUCAGAAGCUUUCUUUUGAUUUUUUUCAGACCCUUCUUCACGUACAGAUGUCAAGAAAGUCUCUCCUGUCUUUUCUAGGGUCUACUUUGUCUUAGAUUAUCAAUUUCUAAAUUUCUAAAUGUUUCAAGGUCUUCCGAAUUAUCCUAAUUUCAGUAUAGCACUUAACAUUCUAUGCAGGAGCCUGAGAGGCUUAUCUUUUCUCUUUCCAGUUGGACUGGCCUCUAGAUUGGUAUUAAUCACUCUUUAUUACGAUUUUGUUUUUUCCACCAGUCACCCAACAGAAAUUUUCCUAAACUCUACAAUCUCGGGCUAAAGCUCCUUGGACUCAGGGUUGUUACAAGGCAAAAAGUCAACACGUGCUGAAGGCUGAAGAAAAAAAAGUUUCGUCAGGGAAAGGCGUUAUAUAAAGAGGGGAGGAAGGUACUGCCUUCUUCAUCCCCAGUGUCCAAUCCUUCCCCCCAAACAAAGAAUCUUUGGCAGCCGAUUGGCUAAGAAUAGGAACGACAAACAAGGGCGGGGCCGGGAGAGACGUCCAUCACGUGUGGCCUUCCCAGUCCAUCCUGCGUAGUCGCAGUGUCCUUCCGAGCUACUCGCGAGUUUGGGGUGGGGAGGAGGGACUCGGAGGGGGGCGGGGGUGCUAGCAGUGCUGGUGGCGCGCCUGCGUUGUGGGUGCUCUGGGGGUAGCUGCUGCCUACUCCGUCCCUGCUGCUACAGCCUCCGCGUUCUAGAGUAGAUUCAGAAUCUCCCGAGUUGUAACAAUGAAGCAGAGUUCGAACGUGCCGGCUUUCCUUAGUAAGCUCUGGACGCUGGUGGAGGAGGCCCACACCAACGAGUUCAUCACCUGGAGCCAGAAUGGCCAGAGCUUCCUGGUGUUGGAUGAACAGCGGUUUGCAAAAGAAAUUCUUCCUAAGUACUUCAAGCACAACAACAUGGCAAGCUUUGUGAGGCAGUUAAAUAUGUAUGGUUUCCGUAAAGUAGUUCAUGUUGAUUCUGGUAUUGUAAAGCAAGAACGAGAUGGCCCAGUUGAAUUUCAGCACCCACACUUCAAACAGGGCCAGGAUGAUUUGCUGGAGAACAUUAAAAGAAAAGUUUCUUCUUCAAAGCCAGAAGAAACCAAAAUUCGCCAAGAAGACUUAUCUAAAAUCAUAAGUAGUGCUCAGAAAGUUCAAAUCAAACAAGAAACCAUUGAAUCCAGGCUGUCUACUUUGAAAAGAGAAAAUGAAUCUCUUUGGCGGGAAGUGGCAGAAUUACGGGCAAAACAAACACAACAGCAGCAAGUAAUUCGAAAGAUUGUCCAAUUUAUUGUUACAUUGGUUCAGAAUAAUCAGCUUGUGAGUUUAAAACGGAAAAGGCCUCUACUUUUAAAUACUAAUGGACCUCCAAAGGCAAACAGAUUUCAGCAAAUUGUCAAAGAACCAGCCAAUAACCACCAUCACAAAGUUCCACAUAGUAGGACAGAGGGAUUAAAACCAAGGGAGCAGAUUUCAGAAGACAUCAUUAUUUAUGAUGUCACUGAUGAUAAUAUAGAUGAAGAAAAUGCUCCAGUUACUCCUGAAACGAAUGAGGAUGCUACAUCUGACACUUCAAACUGUAGCCAGUACCCUGAUAUUGUCAUUGUAGAAGAUGACAAUGAAGAUGAUUAUGCUACAGUUAUUCAGGGUGGGGACAAAAGUAGUGACCCAACCAGUGUUCCAGUCACUGACCAUGGGAGUUCGGUCAUUGAGAGUGGCAGCUCGCUCAUGUCUAAUGCUGUCCAAGUAAACAACUCAUCUGCUCUGACUUCAGAAGAUCCUGUCUCCAUGAUGGAUUCUAUCUUGAAUGAAAACAUCAAUCUUUUAGGAAAGGUUGAGCUGUUGGAUUAUCUUGAUAGUAUUGACUGCAGUUUAGAAGACUUCCAAGCUAUGCUUUCAGGAAGACAAUUUAGCAUAGACCCAGAUCUGCUAGUGGAUCUUUUCACUAGCUCUGUGCAGAUGAAUCCCACAGAUUACAUCAGUAAUACAAAAUUGGAAAAUAAAGGAUCAGAAACUAAUAAGAAUAAUGAAGUUCAGCCAACUUCAGAAGAUGGAAAAAAUUCUAAGCCUAAAUCAGAUAAGCAGCUCAUCCAGUACACAGCUUUUCCUCUCCUUGCAUUUCUUGAUGGGAGCCCAUCCUCCACUGUGGAAAAUGGGAGUGCAACUUCAGAAGCUGCAUCUUCUUUAGACAAACCCUUGGGGGUUGAUGAGCUUCUGGAUAGUAGCCUGGACCCGGAACCCACCCAAAGUAAGCUUGUUCGACUGGAACCGUUGACUGAAGCUGAAGCUAGUGAAGCCACACUGUUCUAUUUAUGUGAACUAGCCCCUGCCCCACUGGACAGUGACAUGCCACUCCUAGAUAAUUGACUCCCCAAGAAGGUGGACUCUUAUAUGUAUAUAUUCAUCAAAAUGAUGAACUAUUUAUUUAAAGUAUCAUUUGGUACUCUUUUGUUUUGUAAAUGGCUUUGUUUUGUGUAUUCAGAUACUGUGGAAUCUAAAGCACCUUCUUGGUCCCUACCCCAAGUCUGUAACCACACACUGAUCACUCUUGCAAAGCUUUCAAAUGUUACUCAGCUGUGUACUUCUAUAAGACUUCCUGAAUAUUGUUGGCAAAUCCUUAAUUUGGAUUCAAAUUGCCAUUCUUUCUUCAAUUGCAGUGGUAUUUGUUGAUUUUUGUUUUUGUGUACAUGCCCUUUACCCUGAUCUAAUUAAACCUUAUUUGUUCCUUUGUUGUAAUUUGUUUUGUUUGAUGCUAUCUGAUUGCCUUGAGUGUAACACACUAGUGCUGAAGAUGGUAUUCUGAAUGCUUUCUCUGUUGCAAUUAACUUUUAUUAAAAUUUUUACACUUGGCUUUUCAAAACUGGGAACAUAAAAGUGCCUGGAUCUAGUGGUUUUAUUGGUCUCGCUUGGUUCUGAGAUGUAUUCCUCUGCACCACACCAGAAUAAUUAAAUGGGCAUGAUUUUCUCCUGCCCCUGAAACCUUCCCAGUCUAGUUUAGGUUAUGGAGAUCAUCUCUGCCCACUGAGUUGGACUGGAAUGUCAAAUAAAAAGGUUUUUCAGUUUG